AUGCUCGAAGGCCGUUGUAACUGCGCCAGUAUCAAGGUCUCUAUCCCGGAAUUGCCCAAGAACUCGGCUAUUUGCUACUGUGCGAAUUGCCGCCGACAAGGAUCAGGCCCAGGGUCGAUUCUCUAUGUGUUUGACAAAUUGCAGGUAAAGAUCGAUGAUCCCAAGGGCGCGCUUAAGAACUACAAAGACAGCGAUACGACGUCUGGAAACACGAUCACUCGCCAGUUUUGUGGCAAUUGUGGAAGCCCAGUUGCAUCUCUGCUAUCUGAUGAUUCGCCACAAAUUUUUGUGAAGGGUGGACUGUUUAGUCACUGUCCCCAUCCGAAGCCGAACUAUACAGCUUUCCCACAAGACAAGCCUGAGUGGCUCGAAAUUGCCAAGAUGUAA